AUGGUGGUGAUCGCCCUUAGAGAAAGGAAGCGGCGCGAGGAAGAGGAAGCCGCUAGACGAGCUGCCGAGGCAGCUCGCGCGCAAACCGAGGCGGUUCCGGCGCAAGCCGAGGCGGUCUCAGCGCAAACCGAGGCCGUCCUUCAACCCGACCCUUCGAGCCGGGAAGGGGAUGUGAUGAUCCGAGCCGCAGAAGGCGACACUGCCGAGGCGGCUGAGAAAGACGUAGUGCCCGAGGUGGAACCGGGCGAAAUUAUCCCCGAGGUGUCCGGGGACGGCUCGGCGGCGCGGAGUAAGACUCCUUCGCAAUCCACCAUCCUGGCCCUCCCGAAGUCGACGAGGCCACCGACUUCGGUCGUCCAGAAGCAUGACUCUAGCCGAAAACGUUCGGCUACUGACAAGGGGAAAGGCGUCGCCGUCCAAAAGGACGAGCCGUCCAAGAAGAGGCAAAAACCGACGCCCAGGGACCCCGCCGCGCGUAAAUUGGUUGUUGACGACCCCGACGCUUCUGCCGUCAUGUUUUCGCGUAUAAAUAACGCGAACACGCGUCUUCCUCCUCCGGAGAAGCUGAGGAGGCCGAGGUCAUAUGGCGCGAUGGCGCAGCGUGGUACCAAGUUUGUCGCGGCCAUUAACGACCUGAUGGCCGAGUAUGAGGGAGACCUGUCUAAGGUCGAACGUCGCUUGGACGAGGCCCGAAAUGAGACCGUGGCAUCAAAGGUGAAGCUGGAAGAGGCGCAAAACGAAAGCCGCGGCAGCGAAGGGGAAACUCACCGAGGCGAUGACCCGAGUGUCGAGGAAGCAAGGAGAGCCAAAAGCGCCGAGGUGGCGCUGUUCGAAGCCAAGGUCGAAUGCGCGAAGAAGGAGGCGAGGCGCGAGCUGACGGCGAAGUUUCAGGAACGCCUCGCCAAGGUGGAGGAGGGUUUGGUCAAGCUCGAGAAGGCCAAAAAUGAUGAGAACGAUCUGGGACAGAUCAAGGGCAAUCUUGCGAUGAUUGCCGACCUGAAGAAGCCGGACGCCCCGACGCUUGACGACGAGGAGGCGAAGCUGAAAAGCUGGGAGAGUGAGUAUGCCGACGACGAGGCGUACGAGCGUAUUGCUUCCGAGAUUCGGGGCGAGCUGUAUUACUCUCCCGUAUCGCCGGACUCGGUCGACACCACCCUCGGCAACGAGCCGCUCGAAGAGACAGCGGCCAACUUAGGAGUGGUAGAUCCGAACGGAUCAAACGCAGGCACGCCAGUCCUCUCGAACCUCCUCGCCGUACGUGAGACGCAGUCCGCGGCCUGA